AUGGCGCCACCACAUUUUCUAAUGGUAACGUUUCCGGCGCAAGGUCACGUGAACCCAUCUCUCCGUUUCGCUCGUCGGCUCAUCAGAACCACCGGCGCACGUGUCACUUUCGCCACGUGUCUCUCCGUCUUCCACCGCUCUAUGAUUUCCCAACAAAGCAGCCACAACAAUCUCUCCUUCCUCACUUUCUCCGACGGCUUUGACGACGGAGGCGUUUCCACAGACGAAGACCGUCACCGCCGGUCCGUGAAUCUCAUUACAAACGGAUCUAAAAUCCUGUCGGAAUUCAUAGAAGAUAAUCGGAACGGUGACUCUCCGGUCACUUGCUUGCUCUACACGAUUCUUCUCAACUGGGCUCCAAAAGUGGCGCAUAGGUUUCAACUUCCCUCUGCUCUUCUCUGGAUCCAACCGGCUUUGGUUUUCGACAUUUAUUACAGUCACUUCACGGGAAACAAGUCCGGUUUCGAGUUCCCGAAUCUUCCGCCUCUCGCAGUCCGUGAUCUUCCUUCUUUCCUCACGCCUGCCAAUACACACAAAGUCCCAUACGCAGCGUUUCAAGAACUGAUGGAGAUUCUUAAAGAAGAAUCCAACCUGAAAAUCCUCGUCAACACUUUCGAUUCGCUGGAGCCAAAGGCGUUAACGGCUCUCCCGAAUGUCAGAAUGGUGGCGGUUGGUCCUUUGCUUCCUCCGGAGAUAUUCACAGGAAGCGAAUCAGUUAAGGAUUCACCAAGAGAAUCUCAAAGUAGUUACGCACUUUGGCUAGACUCGAAAACAGAGUCCUCUGUUAUUUACGUUUCUUUUGGAACAAUGGUUGAGCUGUCGAGGGAACAGAUAGAGGAGCUGGCGAGAGCACUCAUUGAAGGGAAAAGGCCGUUUUUGUGGGUAAUAACUGAUAAAUCCAACAGAGAAGCGAAGAUAGAAGGAGACGAUGAGACAGAGAUUGAGAAGAUAGCCGGUUUAAGACACGAGCUUGAAGAGGUUGGGAUGAUUGUGUCUUGGUGUUCGCAAGUGGAGGUUUUGAGACACCGAGCCGUAGGAUGUUUCAUGACUCAUUGUGGAUGGAACUCAACGCUGGAGAGCUUGGUUCUUGGCGUUCCGGUGGUGGCGUUUCCGAUGUGGUCGGAUCAGCCGACGAACGCGAAGCUUCUGGAGGAUACAUGGAGGACAGGUGUGAGGGUGAGAGAGAACGAGGAAGGGUUGGUGGAGAGAGAAGAGAUAAGACGGUGUUUGGAAGCAGUAAUGGAGGAGAAAGGUGAUGAGCUGAGGAAAAACGCUGAGAAAUGGAAGCGUUUAGCAGUUGAAGCGGGUAGAGAAGGAGGGUCAUCGGAUAAGAACAUGAAAGCUUUUGUGGAUGAGAUUUGUGGAGACUCUCUUCACUGA